CAUUUCGUCGUGCACUUCCUGCGUUCUGUUAGGAGGGAAUCAACCUAAUUCGAGCAUCCAUUAUGCUGGGCCAACUCGUGGGAUCCGCCAUGCUCUUGGUCGCUACCGCGAUCUUUCUUUAUUACACGGCUUGGACUCUCCUUAUGCCAUUCGUUGACACCGGACACCCUCUUCAUGACCUCUUUCCUCCUCGCGUGUGGGCUAUCCGCAUACCUGUCAUUCUGACUCUACUGGGCUCGGCCGUGGUUGGUACCUUCAUUGGGUUGGUAAUGAUCAAGAGCAACAGAAAGAAAGCCGCCAAAGCUGCUGCUGCCAAGAAGAAGACCUGAAUAUUGCCAAGAAGAGGUGGCAUACAAAGGACCGGUGAAGAAAAGCAAAGUCUACCGGAGUGUGCAAGGGAGUUUCCCCUUGAUUUUAUUUAAUAAACUUGUAUAUCAAUAUUAUCUAUAUUCUUUGACUUUCGCUUUACCCUAUCGAGUUAGAGAGGAAUCUUCACGUUGUCUCAUCAUGAGGAUGGUGAUGCUUGUCAAUGACGAACUGAUAGGUCAUCGGCAGGCACAGAAGUCUACGGUACGAGGUGUCAUAGGAAAAUGGCACGUUGGGGAAAAAAUUCCCUAGAUGAUGACAAG